CAGUGGGGAGCUUUGAUUCAUGCUGUUGUGGAGCCUCCUUUUUGGAUUUGGAGAACAAUUAAUGCGGCCAAAACAGAGCGCAUGAAGGAUGAGAAGAUGAAUGUGGAGGCUCUAAGCAGAGCAGAGCUGCUGACUCUCCUCAGUGUCCUGGAGGGAGAGCUGGAGGCCCAGGAUGUGGUCAUACAUGCCCUCAGAGCUCAGCACAGAGAUGCUUUCGUCCAGGAGCGUUACGGCCAGUAUGACCUCAGCGAUCCAUUCCUUGCCCUGCAGCGGGACAGCGAAUCUGCAGAGCGCCAGGACACGAUCACCCAGCCUCACUCACACCUGCAGGGCCGGGCGGUGGGCCCAAACCCUCUGGCUGUGCUUAAACUGGUCAUGGCCCACUGCAAGAGGAUGCAGGAGAGGAUGAUGGGACAGCUGGCUGCUGCCGAGAGCAGACACAGGAGGAUGAUAGGUGAUCUGGAGGAAGAGAAACGACGGCGAGCCCAGGAGUCAGCACAGAGUGAUGAUUUCACCUUCAUGCUGCGGACAGAAAGAGACAAACUGCUACAACAGUUGGAAGUGGAGCGUGCAACAGUGCGGAAGUUAGAGAACGAUCAAGAAGAGGCAGUGAGCCAGGUGGAGGAGUCACUGUCCCAGCAGCAGCAGCUCUCCUCAUCACUAACUCUGGAGCUCCAGAAAGCCAGCAGCCAGGCACAGGAGGAGGCUCAGAAGGUCUCCCAACUUCGCACCUUGCUCAAAGAGGAGACCAGUGCCCUGGAGAAGCUCCGGGGAGUUUUAAAAGAUGAGCAGAGCAGGGCAGCUCAGCUAGAGGCCGUAUCUGAGAGGCAGCUGGCUGAGUUUGACACAGAACGAGAGCAGAUGAAAGCCAGGAUCAGCAAAGAGGAGGAGAGGAGCAGGGAGCUUGAGAGACAGCUGGAGGAGCUGAGGAAGAGGUUGGCUAAAAUCGCAGGAUGUAAAGAAGAGGUGAAGGAGGCAGUGACAGAGGUAAAAGAAUCUCUUUCAAAGGUGACGAUGAUGUCCAGCUCUGUUCAGACUGAGCCAGAUGGAAAGAUAACAGUUACUCCUAAGUCUUCCUCACUGUCAAAGGUCAAUGGCAGUCACACCCAUAAAGAGACAGAACCAACGCUGGAGGGAAGAGGAGCAGAAAAUGGAGGGAUGGUAGAGAAUGGUGGAGGAGCACUUUUGCAUUCCCCUCUACACCCUCAUCCUCACCCUCACUCUCCCUCCAGCACCGCCUCCUCUUCCCUCUCUUCUUCCCCAAUUUCGUCGCCCGUGCUUGCUAAGCGUCUGGGCAGCCCAGGCUUCCAUCAGUCCUCCUACCAGGCUAGUGUCAACCAGCGAUUCCAGGCCGCCAGGCACAAGUUUCAAUCCCAGGCUGAGCUGGAGCAGCAGCAGCAUGGUGGGCCUCUUUCCCCCAGGGACCUCUCCCCCACCACCUCCUCCAUCCCUCCCCCACUAGAGCACAGCUCAGCUAAGCAGCUGGCCCGCAACACUGUCACUCAGGUGCUGUCCCGCUUCACCAGCCAGCAGGCCGGCGUCAAGCUGGCACCAAUCAGCAGCUCUCCAUUUGGUACAGACUACCGCAAUCUGGCAGCAUCACCUCCUGGUGGGAGAUCACCUUCUUCAGGGCCUCUGUCUCCUGGCAUCCGCUCACCCCUCACUCCUCGCUCAGAGAGGACGCAUCCUCCUCCAAUCCCUCCCAAGAAGCCAGGCAUGAGUCCAACUCCAGGCUCCCCAAUUCACUCUGCUCGGACCAGCCUCUUCCCAGAGUUGACAGGAAACUGUGGACACACCAACAGUGGGCAGGAAGGAGCCAAGGAGCCAGACCUGGUUUUAUCUUCUAGCAGCUAAUGGCCAGAUUAUACACACUAUCUCCUAAAUCAGUCAGGCCAAAAUCAACAAUUACUGUAAUUUUUUACCUUUUGCCAGCCCUUAAACCCACUUCAUAGCACGCAUUAUCAGUAGAAUAGUCACUGCAAAGCUGGACUGGUUAAAACAGAUGCAUUUAAGAGUUUGUUGCACCCCUACCUCUAUACAACAACCUGAGAAACAAUCAGAAAAAAAUAUUUGAAAUAAAAUAUAGUAUAUGAUUUUUUUUAUGUGAUUUAAUAUUUCUGUUAAUGUUCCUGUCCUUUUUUCUCUAUUAUAUAGAUUAUUUCUAUAAGUUUGAAGUCUUAGAAUUAAAAUAUUUAUUUUAUUUUCCACUUUAAACCUUUAUUAAGGUUGUUUAGAAAUCAUAUAUAUAUAUGAGAAGACCAAGCUAAAGAAAUGUUAACAAGAUUUCAUAGUCCAACACUCUUACUUUUCCCUUAAUGCUCAAAUUGCCAGUCCUAUUAGUAUUAAAAAAUACUUUAGUAGUAGUUUAGUAGAAGGGCUAAAAUUAACGUAGGGUAUAGCAAAUGUGUAGCUUUCACCAUUUCACAAUAUAGUGAGUAGUUUUAAAAAUUUUUCCCAAUUAAUUAUUACGCAGUUCCUGUUGACAUAGUCCAUAAAAACACUAUAACACUGUAAAUAGUUAGAAUUCAGUUGAUUAUCUAUAAAUAAACAUCACAUGCAUGUGCAUGUUUUUUCUAUUACACUUGAUGAAUACACUGAAUCUUGUCUUGAAAAGGGAGAGCACACUUUGUGCCACAUUACUGUAAGAUAUUUUAUUUCUACUUUUUUUUUUUAAUUCAGGGAAGGUUAAUUUCUGCGUAACCCAAACCAAGGACUAUGUGUCACAUGUAUGUGAUAACUUAUUGGGUAUAUUCCAGCCAUAAACAUUAUGGGGACUAAAACGUUUGAAUCUUGCUACUGUAACAGCUUAUAUAGUAUCUGUAAAAUAAUUGACAUAAUAUUGUGUCUUGUCCUAAAAGUGCUACACAAGAUGUUUGUUUUAUGUUUUUUUCUGGCUUUGAAAUUAAGAAUUGAUUGAAAAUAUUUGUCUUAGCCAAUUAAUUUUAAACUGUAGAUUUAUACACUGUUUGUCUGAGGGAACACGUUCAUCGGCCGUCUCUAGUAAAUAUGAAUCUCAUGGACACCUGCAGCUGAGUGCUAUUUUAAAUAAACUGCCCAUGCCUUAAAGCUUA